CCGAAGUGUCGUCGAGGGGGGGAUGAAAAUCACGACCGCCAAGUUUUAUCUGCAGAAUGCUUUACAUUUCGUAAAAUUUAUGGUUGGGAUCCCCCAAGACAUGCCGCCUCACUCGGGUGCAGUUCGCCUCAAUUGAGAGGGAACUGAAGACGGGGGUGAGAUCACUGCAGCGCAGGGUGGUGGUACAUCAAAUGUCCACAAAGCGGAUAAAAAUUACAAAGUUGCCGUUCCGCCAGGCCCUGAGAGAUUGCCUCUCUGCGGCUGCCAUCGCCAUCCCACAGCUACUGGACAAACUCGAGGGGGAAUUCAAAAACACAACCCGCUUCCUCUACUACGGCUACCAGUGUGCCUAUUGGAGCUGUCUGUUCGGGCGCAGGCCGGGGGUCUAUGCCAACAUGACUGACAACGAGGUGGAGGAGGCAAAGACCCUCGGCCAGGAUCGGGGCUACCUGCUCACGUAAAUGAAGCUUCGCGGUAGUUCAUGCAGGGCACGGUAGUCAUACGCCCCGGCCGCAAUCGGCGGGCAGCCCGCUGAUUGAACAAUUGCCACGACCAAUUGUCUACGACCAUCUACCUCGACGACCGCGGCCACCGCAUUCGGAGCGCUUCCGGGUGACGUCACAUCGCACAGGACGCUGGGAACGGGAGUGCCAUUCUUCCCACCUGCCGCUGCAGUUUCUCCUCAGCUGAAGAAUCGAAUCCUUGCAGGUAAUGACAUCAAUUUGGUUAAAAUUCUGCUGUGCUCAUCUUCGAUUGUGGAGAGGUCUCAGUCAUCCUCAAGGAAAGCGAUCCCAGACUAUCCAAAACUCUGACUAUGGCUGAGUUUAACGUUGCUUUUGGCGUCUUCAGAGAUAUUAUAUGCAAAGCAUAUCCAGAACGUAGAUCCGAAUUAGACACAUAUUUAGCAAUCAUGUCCGACCUAGCAAUGUCUUACGGGGGUCUCUGUUUUAUGAGUACCACAAGUCCUUCUCUGCAAAAGCAGCAUUAUACAUCAUGAUUCAACCAAAAAUUGGAUUGGUCUAUUGUUGAUCUGGCCCUUAUCAGUAGACACUUCACAGGGCAUCAGGCACUGAACAGUCUCCCCACUUUCCUAAAAAAUCUGAGGAACGAAGCGGUGGAAAGUUUUUUCGGAGACAGCCACCCCAGGUCUGUGUGUCCCCGCCGCACUCGUGUCAUGAGAAAGAGAUGAAUAAACCAUCUACACCUAUCAACGUCUCAGAGCUCAGCAAAGCCCUGAAGAAGCAUCCAAAUCAUUGUUUUGUUAAUUAUUUAAUUACUGGCUUGGUUCAAGGGUUUUUCGCUGGCUUAUGUUUCCUUCCUCAAUAUCCCAUGUCUGUAAUAACCUCCAAUCUGCUUUAAAAGAACCACAAGUCGUGGACAAAUUGCUGGCUAAAGAGGUUGAGAAGGGCUACAUGAUCGGGCCUUACGAUAGCCCUCCCUUCUCAAAAUUCCGCUUAAAUCCGAUAAGCAUAGCUACACGGAAAUACUCAGGAAAAAAGCGUCUGUUCAUAGACUCGUCAGCACCGCAUGACGAUAGCACCCCAAGCAUUAAUAGUCUCAUACCUCUCGCGCCGUUUUCCUUAUUCUAUGCUACAGUCGAUCACGCAAUUCAGUUUAUUAAGCUAGCUGGAAAAGGCGCUUGGCUGGGGAAGGCUGAUAUAACAGACGCCUUUGAGGUCAUGCCGCUCCAUCCCUCGCAGUGGCAUGUCUUCGGAAUCAAAUGGCGCAACAAAAUAUAUUUUUCGGUCAGACUAACCUUCGGCUGUCGUUGUAGCCCUUGUAUUUUCAUUACCCUUUCAGAAGCGCUUUGUUGGAUUCUCUUAAAUAAUUGCAAAUUGCCAUUUGUCCUCCACCUUCUAGACAAUUUCCUUUUGGUAGAUUAUCCCCAGUCAAAACCAGAUCAAUGCAUUAGAGGUCUGAAAGAUGUUUUUAAGCAACUGGGUGUCCCUCUCUCGGCAGAGAAAACCCAAGGCCCAUUGAAAACAAUCAAAUUUUUAGGCAUCACACUGGACAGCGACCUCAUGCAAGCUUCACUGCCUCUAGAAAAACUAGUACGCAUUAGAGAAAUCAUGAAAAGCGUGUUGGAUGCAGCGUCUAUCACUAAAUGUGAAUUAUUGUCUCUAUUAGGCCACCUUAACUUUGCUAUGAGGAUCAUUCCCCAAGGCAGAUCAUUUAUAUCUAGAUUGUUGGACCUCUCAAAAACAGCAGACAAAUUACACGAUACCUUUUCUCUAGAUGAAGGAUAUAGAUUUGACCUAAGAUUUUGGUCUCUGCUGUGCCAUAAUUGGAACCGUAUUUCUUUUUUCUAUAACGAAAAGGAGGAAAGGCAGUCACCCUCGAAUUUUUUACCGAUGCAGCGCCUUCCAUUGGUUUUUGGGGAAUUUACAACAAUCAAUGGUUUGCUGACGUUUGGCCAAAAGAACUGCUCACUCUUCCUUCCGGUCUACAUUCUACUGUACUUUUUGAGUUGUAUCCUAUCGUAG